AUGGAGCUCCAUCCACUCCGUGUGAUGAUCUUGCUUAUUUCACUUAUCCGAGUCGGACAAGCUCAAGAGUUUAAACCAGUUCUGUCUGUGGAGCCGAAUUCACCACAAAUAUUCAGAGGAGAGACGGUUACACUCACAUGUAGGAUUUCAGGAGGAAAUGGACCGUACCACUGGUACAAAGAUGAUGUUAAUGUUCACAGAUCUGCUGAAAAUUACUACACUAUAAAUGUAGAUCAGAGUCACAAAUACAGAUGUUACGGGUCUAUUGAUGGACGGUCAGCGGCAGGGAGUAAUGAAGUGACUCUCUCAGUGAUAGAGAGACCAAAAGCCGUUCUGACUCUGCAGCCUGAUGGACAGAUAUCCAGUGGACAGGAAGUCACUUUCACAUGUGAAAUACGAGGACAUGCAGACACUGAGUGGACGUACAACUGGUAUAAAGAUGGUGUCCAGAUAUUCUCCUCUGUUGAGAACAGGAAAUAUUCAUUCACUCCUGUAGAGUCUCUCAGCGCUAAGUACACCUGCAGCGUACAGAGAAGCGACUCUCAGACCUCAGAGACCAGUGAUGCUGUUAUACUCACUGUGUCAGAAAAACCUAAACCUGAACUCACACCAAGUCGUGAAGGAGCUGCACUGAAAGGAAACUCCAUGACUCUGUUCUGUACACUGAAGCUGCAUUCUGCUGGAUGGAAGUUUUACUGGAUCAAACCCACACAGAGCACUGAGACUGAAACACACCACUACAUCUUCAGAUCAGUUAGAGUCUCUGAUGGGGGUCAGUACAGGUGCAGAGCUGGAAGAGGAAACCCAGUCUACUACACACACUACAGUGAUGCACUCUGGGUAAAUGUUACUGAGAGUCCUAAAGCUGUGGUGACCAUAAAGCCUGAUAAACAUGUGUUCAGAGGAGAGACUGUGACUCUCAGAUGUGAAAUACAGGGAGGAGGAGACACUGAGUGGAAAUACAGCUGGUAUAAGAAUGAUAAAACAUUCUACCGCACAACACAGGAGUUCAGCUUCAGCUCAGUUAUAAAUUAUAACAGUGGUAAAUACACCUGCAGAGGGUGGAGAAGCAGUGACUCUCAGAGAUCAGAGAUCAGUGAUGCUGUUACACUCACUGUAUCAGAUGCAGCAGAGGCAGUAGUGAGUGUGUCUCCACUGCGCUGGCUGACUGAAGGAGACUCAGUGACUCUAAGCUGUGAGGUUAAACACUCCUCUACAGGCUGGACAUUCAGCUGGUACACAGAGGUUCCCUCCAGAGACAGUCAGGGUUCCCUCAGGUACAGUACAGAGCUCCUCUCAGACAGCAGCAGAGGAUCUGGAGGCUCCUACACUCUCAGUCCUGUUACUGUGAAUCACACAGGAGUUUAUAUGUGCAGAGCAGAGAGAGGAGAAAAAGUCUUUCACACACGGGACAGCAACCUACAGCCACUGUGGAUCACUGGUGAAUUUCCUCCAGUGUCUCUGAUCAUCAAUCCCAGCAGAACUCAGCACUUUACUGCUGACUCUCUCUCACUGAGCUGUGAGGACCAGAGUGACUCUACUGGAUGGACAGUGAGAAGAUACACACACAGUGAGACAGUGUCUGAUUGUUCAUCAGUUUCAGGAUCUACAUGUAACAUCAGCUUCCUCUCUACAUCACACACUGGAGUUUACUGGUGUCAGUCUGAAUCUGGAGGACGCAGUAAUCCUGUCAACAUCACAGUGCACAAUGGUGAUGUGAUCCUGGACAGUCCUGUCCAUCCUGUGACUGAGGGACAUCCUCUGACUUUACAUUGUUUAUCUCGCAACUCAAAGAUCUCAGCUUCUGGUGUUGAUUUCUAUAAAGAUGGUUCAGUCCUGCAGAACAAGACUACAGGAGAGAUGACCAUCAGUACUGUGUCAAAGUCAGAUGAAGGUUUCUACCACUGUAAACACCCAGAGAGAGGAGAGUCACCGAAAAGCUGGGUUUCAGUCAGAGGUCGGUCACAUGCAGAAGCUCUAAUGUCAGUGCUCAGACUGAUCAGUAGUCUAGUGACGGUCUCUGUGUAUCUGCAGCUGACCAUCAUUCUGGCAGUGAAGUGUUACAGAGCUCGAGUUCAGACUGAGGAGGACAACACACAGAACGCUGUUAUAGAGGAGUGAACAAUGUUCAUCUAUAUAAAAAAAGAAGUUUUGUGAUUGUGAAAUAAUAUUGAUUUGUCACUUGAUAAAUUAUUUUCUAUACACUUUUGUUUUUCUGAAGCCUACACACCUCCUCAUGGGGUCACGGUGGAACUAAUUACAUUGUGUGAACUCAAUAUUAAGGCCUACAUGUUGCUAAUGUCAAAUUCCAAGUAUUGAAUAAAAGAAAAACAAAUAGUAAUAGUUAGUUUUUAUAAUUCGUGAGGCUUGUGCUGUGCUUCUCCAAAAUACCCAGACAAAAGUCACCCAACAUGGCUGUAACUGUGUGUUAUAAUUUUCCAUAUAGAUAUUUUUAAGUACUAACAUAAUCUUGGUUAUCAAUCUUGUGUAAUAUGUUUCAUUAUUAUAAUUGUAAUAAUAAUAAUAAGAUUUUUUUAUCAUCAUCAUCAUUAUUAUUAUUGUUGUUGUUGUUGUUAUUUUUAUUGUUAUUAUUACAUGUUUAUCCAUCCAUCCAUCCAUUUUUGAUACUGCUUAUCCUACAGGGUCGUGGGGAACCUCGAGUCUAUCCCAGGAAGCAUGGGGCACAAGGCGGGUACACCCUGGAUGGGGUUAUUAUAUGUUUGUUUUAUUAAAAAGUUAUUAAAAAGACUUGUUUAUCAACUGUGUUGUCUUUGUGAUAUUUCUCUAUCUAUCUGUCUAUCUAUCUA